AUGGCCCCGCUUGGCCAUACUGCCAGCGUCCCCAAUGUCCCCGGUCGCAAAAUUGACGACCCGCAGCAGCUCAACUUCCUCCGCGACCAUGUCCGCGAACUAUGUCGUCUCCGACACGCGCGCUUUCCGGGAGCGCAACCCGUCUCGUUUGAAAAGUCGUCGCUCGAUCUCCUCAAGUCAGAGGACUUUUGGGUCUGCGAAAAGUCGGACGGCCAGCGUGUCCUCAUCCUCAUCGUCAUUCCGUCCUCUACCGGCAUCCAAGAGGUCUUUCUCAUCGAUCGCAAAAACGAAUACUACAAGGUCGAGGGUGUCGUCUUUCCGCAUCACACACCCAAGGAUCCUGAAGUGGCUCGGAUGAAUGGCAUGCGCAAUCACACGAUCAUGGAUGGAGAGCUGGUCAUUGACACGGAUGCAAGCGGCAAGCAGAAGCUCGUGCUGUUGCUCUUUGAUCUCAUCGUGCUCGACCGAGAACUGCUAGCCAACCGUCCGCUCAGCAAGCGCUACGGACGGCUCAAGAGCUACGUCUACCCUCCAUACGUCGACUACCUCAAACGCAACCCGGCAGCUGCGGCACGACGCCCCUUUGACAUCCAAGUCAAGAAGAUGGAUCUGGCGUACGGCAUCCAGAUGGUGCUGUACGAGACGGUGCCCAAUCUCUUGCACGGCAACGACGGUCUCAUCUUCACCUGCCUCAACAGCGGCUACGAGAUGGGCACCGACCCCAAGAUCCUCAAGUGGAAGCCGCCAAACGAGAACACGAUCGAUUUUAAGCUCAUCCUCCGCUUUCCGCCAGACCUGGAAUGCGAUCCUCGCGGCAAUGUGCCCAACUUGACCGUCAUGCCCUUUUUCGAGCUGCAUCAGUAUCUCGGCGACUCUGCGAACGAGGAUUAUGAAUUCUUCGACGAGCUUUGGGUGGAGCCAGAAGAAUGGAGGCAGAUGGUAGAAUCCGGCGAGCAGUUUGAUGAUCGCAUUGUCGAGUGCGUGUGGACCGUCGACCCACAACCAGCUACCGAGCCUUACCUCUCACAAGGCCUCAAUCUGCCGCCAAGGUGGCGCAUGAUGCGCAUCCGCGACGACAAGCACCACGGCAAUCAUCGUUCCAUUGUCGAAAAGAUUCUCAAGUCGAUCCGUGAUGGUGUCGAAGCCGACGAGCUUGUCAGCGCAGCACCUGCCAUCCGUGCAGCUUGGAAGACGCCCGAGAGGGAGAAGCGACGUCAAGAAGCAGGACAAGCACCCGCGCCCACCUCGAAUUCAUCCUUGUCCGCCGCCAACCACCACCAGUCUGGUGCGUCUCAAACGCAUGGAUCGCAGCAGCACGAACCGUCCUUACCAAGUGGGGGCAUGGCCUACCAGGGCAUCAAAGGGAAAGCCCCACCGCUCGUGACGGGCGGUCCACCCGGUUUGAUACGAAGGUGA